AUGUUCUUGGGCUUCCCUCUGGGCCGGAGGCAGAGCCUGGUGGGAGAGGCCGUUUUGAAGGGCUCCCCGGCGCAGGAAGGCAGCGGGGGGGAAAAGGCCCGGAGAUGCCCCCGGAGGAGGGGCUGCAAAGCCAGCCCAGGGAGCUGUGAGGAGGAAAGACCCGUCCUGUGCCGGGAAGGCAACCGGAGCUUGAGCCGGAGCUCGGAGCUGGUGGUCCCUGAGCAGCCUCCCAGCAGGGAGAAGCCCUUCAGGUGCUUGGAAUGUGGGAAGAGCUUCAGGGAGAGCUCCAAGCUCAUCACUCACCAGCACAUCCACACUGGGGAACGGCCAUACACGUGUAGGGAAUGUGGGAAGAGCUUCAGGAACAGCUCCACCCUGAUCCAACACCAGCUCAUCCACACUGGGGAACGGCCCUACACGUGUAGGGAAUGUGGGAAGAGCUUCAGGUACAGCUCCCACCUGAUCCGACACGAGCUCAUCCACACUGGGGAACGGCCCUACAAGUGUGAGGAAUGUGGGAAGAGCUUCAGUGACAGCUCCAGCCUCCGCACCCACCAGCUCAUCCACACUGGGGAGCGGCCCUACAAGUGCUUGGAAUGUGGGAAGAGGUUUCAGCGCAGCUCAGAUCUCCUCGUGCAUGAGCGGACACACACAGAUGAGAGGCCCUUCCGCUGCACCGACUGUGGGAAGGGCUUCAACCUGAAAUCCACCCUUGUCAAGCACCGGCGCAUCCACACUGGGGAGAGACCCUACAAGUGUGAGGAGUGUGGGAAGAGCUUCAGCGACAGCUCUGCCUUUAGCAGACACCAACGGACCCACCGGUAAGGGAAGCCCCUCGAGUGCCCCGACUGCGGGAAGAACUUUGGCCGCUACUCCGGCUCCGUCACCCAUCGGAGAACCCGCCUUG